AUGCGUGGUUACAACAAGUUUGCACCUAGUCCUCACUACGUCGACAAUACUUCAACAUGUGUUCAACAUUUUACUUGUAAAGCUUAUGCAUUAGAAUCCGACAUGAGGUUCAUCAACGUAUACUUCUUUGCUCUUCUGGUGCCCUUGUGCUAUCCACUUAUUCCAAUUCAAUGCUGUUUAGAAAAGAUGUGCUUCGACAAAUGCGAUGGUGACAAAACUCCAAGACAGUACUUUCUUUGUCUUGCCCUUUGUGGUGGCAAAUUCCAGUCAAAAUGGGUUAGUAUGAUGAAGCCAGAGUGGAGCUUUUCCAGCUAGAGCUAUCACCGCUUGUUAUGCACAGACAUCAAAAUAAAGAGUGAUCAGAAAA